GAUAAGGGGGCGUCACGAGCCAGAGCCAGAUCUUUUCCUUUCUCUCCCUGUUAGAGAGUUCGUCCAUUCCCUCAGCUCGCCUCUCGACUACUACGAGUCACGAUGCCUCAUGCGUACCCAUUCCUGAGUCCUGAGCAGAAGAAGGAGCUCAGUGACAUCGCCCUGAAAAUUGUCGCCCCCGGCAAAGGAAUCCUCGCUGCCGAUGAAUCCACAGGCAGCGUAGCCAAACGCUUCCAGAGCAUCAACGUCGAGAACACCGAGGAGAACAGGAGGUUCUACCGCCAGCUGCUCUUCACCGCCGACGACCGCGUCAAGCCCUGCAUCGGCGGAGUCAUCUUCUUUCACGAGACCCUCUACCAGAAGGCCGACGAUGGCAAGGUGUUCCCCCAGCUCAUCAAGGAGAGAGGCAUGGUCGUGGGCAUCAAGGUCGACAAAGGUGUCGUCCCUCUGGCUGGAACCAAUGGAGAGACCACUACCCAGGGUCUGGACGGCUUGUACGAGCGCUGCGCUCAGUACAAGAAGGACGGGGCUGACUUCGCCAAGUGGCGCUGCGUGCUGAAGAUCACCCCCACCACCCCAUCCAGCCUGGCCAUCAAAGAGAACGCCAACGUUCUGGCUCGCUAUGCCAGCAUCUGCCAGAUGCAUGGCAUCGUGCCCAUCGUCGAGCCCGAAAUCCUCCCCGAUGGUGACCAUGACCUGAAGAGGUGCCAGUAUGUCACCGAGAAGGUCCUGGCAGCCGUCUACAAGGCUUUGAACGACCACCACGUUUACCUUGAGGGCACUCUGCUCAAGCCUAACAUGGUUACCGCCGGACACUCCUGCUCUCACAAGUACUCCCCCCAGGAGGUCGCAAUGGCCACCGUGACCGCCCUGCGUCGCACCGUACCCCCCGCCGUACCUGGCAUCACUUUCCUGUCUGGCGGCCAGAGUGAAGAGGAGGCCUCGGUCAACCUGAACGCCAUCAACGCGUGCCCACUGCACAAACCCUGGGCCCUGACCUUCUCCUACGGCCGCGCCCUGCAGGCCUCCGCUCUCAAAGCCUGGAGCGGCAAGAAGGAAAACGGCAAGGCCUGCCAGGAGGAGUUCAUCAAGAGAGCUGUGGCCAACAGCGCAGCAUCCACCGGGAAACACGCUUCCUCCGGAGAUAAAGGCGCCGCAGCUGGAGAAUCUCUGUUCGUGGCUAAUCACGCCUAUUAGAAGCUUCACGAUUCUGUCCAACACCCCAAAUAUAUUAGAACUGUGUGUUUCCACCUGCUUUUACUGAGCUUCUCACGAGUCCUUUAAUCAUCCUUGACUAGUAAUGAGGAACGAAUGGCAUCGUAAGGGAGACAAAAAAGAAAAACCCUUGUAGUUGUGAAGGAUCUCUCAGAAGAAAAGAUCUGGUUCCGUGUCCUUUAGCCAGUCCCUCGUUCGAUUUGUGAAAGAUUCCAUUUUUUCAUAUGAUGUUUAUACAUCCAAGUCCACAACAAGCAAGUAAUAAAAAAAUUAUAAUAA